GGCUGAGCCAAAUGGUGGAGGUACCACCGGUGAAGCCACAGCGUUCUCCACUUCUCCUUCUCCACUGGGACGGAGGUCCACCCUCAAGCCACGGACUGCUUAUUUGGUGCAUAAAGGAAGUGUAAGGAGGCAGGAGGGAUAUUAAAAGUAAGGAAGUCCAGAAUCUCCACCUUUCUUUUUAAAAAAAGGGGGGGGAGCACCAUUCUAGCUGCUUUGAGAACGGCCCACUCUUCUACCGUUGUGCCCAUCGUUUGUUACUCGUAAAGCUCAAACCAACUGCGCCCUCUUCAGCUCCUUCCUUGUGCCGGCCAGCCGCCUCGCCAUGACGUUUGCCGAAAUCCUCGACAACUUAGGCGGGAUGGGGCACUUCCAAAGGCUUUCGGUGGCCUUCUUGGCUAUCCCCUUGAUGAUGUUGGCCGGACACAACAUGCUGCAGAACUUCACCGCCGGGAUUCCCGGGCACCACUGCCAAAUCCGCAUCACGACGACGGCCAACGCGACCCGCUUCGGCCACCCCAACGUCAGCCAAGAGUUGGGAGCCCAGAGCCUCCUCCGAAUCUCCAUCCCCAUGGACGGGAACCAGAAAGUUGAGAGGUGUCGCCGUUUCGUCACCACCCAGUGGAGGCUCCUGGACCCCAAUGCUUCUCUCGCCAACGACACCGCUGUGGACACCGAGCCGUGUCCUGAGGGUUGGACCUACGACAGGAGCGUGUUCAAGAACACCAUCGUCAGUGAGUGGGAUUUGGUCUGUGAUGCCCGAUCCCUGAGGCAGAUGGCUCAAUCCAUUUAUAUGGCCGGGGUGCUGAUUGGGUCCAUAGUUUUUGGUGGCCUCUCUGACAGGUUCGGACGGAAGGCCCUCAUAGUCUGGUCCUACCUGCAGAUGGGCGUGGCCGGAGCCUGCACGGCCUUUGCGCCCAACUUCACCGUGUACUGCGUUUUCCGCUUCCUGUGUGGAGCAGCCAUGUCUGGCAUUGCACUUAACUCGGUCUCGCUGUGCAUGGAGUGGAUUCCAACCAAAUACCGUGCCAUCGUUGGCACCAUCAACGGUUACUGCUACACCACUGGGCAAUUCAUCCUGGCUGGAGCGGCCUAUGCGGUCUCUGACUGGCGCUGGCUCCAACUGGCCGUCUCUUUGCCUUUCUUCGUGUUUUUCCUUUACUCUUGGCUUUUUGUGGAGUCCGCGCGUUGGCUGGCGAUUUCCGGGAAACAGGAACAAGCCGUCCGAGGUCUGAAGAGAGCGGCCUGGAUAAAUGGGAGGAAGCAGGAAGGAGAGAAGCUUGACGUCGAGGUUUUGAAACUGAGCAUGCAGAAGGAGCUUUCUUCUAACAAAGCCAGUCACAGUAUGGCCGACCUUGUCCGGACGCCGACUGUCCGUAGGAUCUCCUGCGGGGUGUCUUUUGUCUGGUUUGCCACCAGCUUUGCCUAUUAUGGGCUGGUCAUGGAUCUGCAGAACUUCGGCUUCAACAUUUACCUCACCAUGCUGGUCUUCGGGGCGGUGGACUUCCCCGCCAAGUUCAUCUCGGUCCUGAUUAUUACCUUCGUUGGCCGACGGUUCUGCCAAGCUUUCUCCCUCAUCCUGGCCGGACUGUGCAUCUUAGCCAACAUCUUUGUGCCUCAAGAUUUGAGCAAUCUGCGGCUCACCUUUGCUGUGAUCGGGAAAGGCUCCUUAGCAGCUUCCUUCAACUCUGCCUACAUCUUUACCGGAGAACUUUUCCCAACCGUGAUCAGGCAAUCCGGGCUGGGCCUCGGGGGCACCAUGGCCCGGGUGGGCAGCAUGAUCGCCCCUCUGGUGCAGAUGACAGGGGAGUUUUUCCCACCCUUGCCGCUCAUCAUCUACGGAAUCUCCCCCAUCAUCUCCGGCACCGUCGCCUGUCUUCUUCCGGAGACACGGAACGUCCCCCUGCCAGAGACGGUCGAGCAAGUGGAAAGGCAGUCAAGGAAGGGCCAAGAAGACGAGCAGCAAAUGACGGUGCUCCUGGACUCCCCCAAACUGGAUCUGUGCAAAGAUGGCAGCUAAACCUGGAGAACUCCAAGAAGCUCGCGGACAUCUCCAUGAGAGUAUCAAAGCUUCUUCUUUGGGUUUCGGAUUUCUCCCAAUGGUUUCUGAAUAUUGGGUGUCCACUGUUCACAAACACAUGAGACGGCUUUGCACGUCGUAGGUCUGUGCUAAUUUUUGCGUCUAGGCACAAAUUCGGGAAUAAUUUCGUUGCUGUUCCGUCAUCUGUGUGGAAGGACGUUGUUAAGGGCGCCAUGUUGUUCUUCGCGCCGGGCAGCAAAAUAUCUUAAGCGGGUCUUAAUACAUCUGGGUUCAAUGGAAAGAAGCCCAGAUAAAACUUUGGGGGGGAGGAAUCGAGAAAAUGAUCAGCAGAAAUAAAGUUCUGGAAGGAGCCAUUUUGUAAAACGCUUUCCCUUCGAAUGAUUGGAUCGGCUGUCGUUUUGGACCAGAUCCCUUCUAUUUCCCGGCCGUCCUCUAUUGCUCUUUUUUUGGGGGGGGGGAGAGAAAUAUAUCAAUCCUGCGAUAAAGGAGUUUACAGAAAUUCCUCAAUUUGAGGUUUUUUCUCAGUAGGUUUGAUUCGGUUGGUUUGGACUUAAUCUGAAUCAAGGUUUUUCUUUCCUUGACGUACAGGAGAUAAGUUUGCAGGACAAAGUUCACAAGGUUGCCAACCGCUGCGGUGGAGAAUGGCAACUGUGUUUUUAAUAUACCUGAGUUCUGAACACCUUUACCUGUCAGGAUGUACCUUAUGUGUUUAUUUCACGUACUGAUUACACUUCUCGCUGUACCUGUGAUGUACCUUGGCAACUUUGGCUGACGUCCAGCAAUAUUAAAUUUAUUAGCCUUCA